AUGCAGGCACCAGGCCCCUCGCAACGGUCUUUGCGCCGCUCUCCAGGCGCAGAGCCUGGGCCGCCUCCUAAUGUUCCCUUGCGAUCCAUAUCGCCAGCCGUCGGCCUGGCAGGAAGCGUCCAACCUCGCGCCUCCACCGCCUCCAGCAGGUCGAACCAGAGCAGUGAGAGGAACAGUAGCAGUUCAAAGAGGCCGAGUACCUCGAGUAGCAAUUCCGCCAUGCCUUUGUCCCAGAUCGAAAAGAGCGUCACCCACCUCCUUGUUGCCACGAAACAGCUCCUCGAGACGUUGACGCAAUGGUCCCGGGGCCAAGCAACGGAUACCCAGGUGUCAGACGUCUACGUAAGGCUCGGGUACGAAUUCAACAUGGCCUGCCGGGCCUUCACAGCGAUAAACGUCGACACCUCCGACCUCGGUAAUGUCCCUGAGCUGCUUCGGAAUAUACUAGAGGCGACGCUGAGCCAAGAAGCGAGCGUCGAGAGCUUGGAAAAGUACUUGCCAAGGAUAAGAGAUAUCAUCAUAAAUCUUCUUCAUGGGUUGAAAAAGAAACAGCAAAAAUUGCGGCAGAAGCAGGCGCGUGAGAAGGAGAAUGGGGGUCCCGAGCCCUCGAACGGCCGCGUCACAAGCAGCAGCACCCAGGGAAGCAACUCAGGAGGGCUGUCGCAGAUGCUGAACGAGGGCUUGUCCGAAAAUGGAUAUCGACCUGCCAGCAGCCGUGGGACGGACGACACAAUCAAGGCGAAUGGAUCUCCCCGGCGAUUUCAAUCUCAGCGGGAUGAGUCCCAAGCGACCGUCUCGGACAAGUCCUCGCUCUCGAGCGAGACCAUGCAGAGCAUGCCCGUUGUCCCCCCGUACCCGUCCGAAGACCCUGUCCCGACUCCUGCGGCGCCUGAGGAGCUCGACAAUUUCCCGCCGCCGCCGCCUCCGCCUAAGUCAUCAACACAGAGUGCCCUGGCUGCACUGCAAAGAGGUGGAGACUUGGAGCGUCGUGCUUCUCGAAGAUAUUCCGCAUAUCAAAUCUCCAAGCACCUGGGAAGUGGCGCGACUGGGGUUCCUAUGAUGCCAACGCAGACCGGUCCAAUACCAAAUCGAGGAAGGCCCGAGGUCAGGGAAUCUAUGCGAGCUGUCCAAGCCAGAGAGACGGUGCGAAGAAAAAAUAACGAUGGGUCGGUAAGCGCGAGACCCGGGGCUUUUGAUCCGUCGUCGCCUCAGCGUCAUCAGAAAAGGGCAUCUGAGGAAAAGGAGACACCCAAAUCAGCAAGUCCGACGCCCGAGGACAGCUUCAAACCAAGUGCGACUUUAAAAGGACCCUUGCCAGAUGUAGUACCAACAAUGGCAACUAGUGAUGGCGACAUCACUCCGAAGACGGAAGUCAAAGAGGAACCAAAGCCUGUAGAGCAGAAGCCCGCUACACCUACCCCAGAAGAGCAAGGGAAAGGUUUCGUGCUUGACCAGUCUCCUCCGGCGUCACCACCGAAAGACCUCACUCUCUUCCUGCAGUACAAGUCUCGGGUGAAGAAGUUCGUACUUCCAGGGGGUUACGGUGAACUAACAAUUGGCCGGUUGCAACUUGCAUUUAUCGAAAAGUUCUCCUGGAACACUCAUGCAAAUGGGGCAGACCUGCCCGAGAUUUACAUUCAAGAUCCCGUUUCUGGAGUGCGACAUGAGCUCGAGGACCUCGCGGACAUCAAGGACCGUUCCGUUCUCGUUCUGAACGUGGAAGCGCUAGACGAGGUCAAAAAGCACGUGGAUGACGGUCUGGGAUCCAUCCGCCAACUUAUCGAGACUGUCAAGCAGGACGUCGGGGAUCAAAGUGCUGCUCUGCAACGUGUGUCCGAGCGGCAACAGGAGUCGGCAAAGGAAAUUGCGCGACUAGCAGCCGCACCGCCCACGCCUCCAGCAGACUUUACCAGGUCCAGUACUCUCGGCAAUGGGCGCAAGCUCAAGGGCGGUCAGGCGGGCGAGGUGCAAAGUUUGCGUCGGGAUUUGGCUGUCCUCCGGCAGAUGUAUACCAAUUUCCAGUCCGAGGUUGACGGCUCAAUGACUUUGCUGCGCAACAAGGCAAACAACGUCAAGGCUGCCGCGGCCAAGGCAUCAAUACCCGACGUCGAUGGAGACUCAGGCCAAUCGUACGUGAAGCAAGGACGGAAACAGCUCAACACAGACUCCGAUCGUCUCGUCAACAAGGUCGACGAUCUUCAAGAUCUGGUCGAGGAUCUGCGCAAAGAUGUGGUGCAGCGCGGUGUCCGACCGCUACCACGCCAGCUUGAGACCGUGGCUAAGGAUAUGCAGGCCGCGCUGAAGGAGCUCAAGAAGAUGGAGGAAUACAUGAAGCGCGAGAAGCCCAUUUGGACCAAGAUCUGGGAGAAGGAGCUCGAGGAUGUUUGUAACGGCCGGGACGAGGUGAAGCUCAUGGAGGACCUGGUAGCUGACCUGCAGGAUGACCUGGAGAAGGCCAGCGAGACGUUUGCGCUUGUGGAGCAGGCCACCAAGGAGCAAAUGAAGGACGUCAAUGCUGGACAGGCGAAUGCCACUGUGUCUCGCCAAUUCUCGCGCGGCCUGAAGCACAUAGAGGAAAACACCCUCGUUGACCCUUCGGAGGCAAAGGAAGGAGUGCUGGGAGAAGUGCGCGCUCUGCAGCCGAAUCACGAGAACCGCAUGGAGGCCAUCGAGCGGGCAGAGAAGCUUCGUCAGAAGGAGCUCGAGACCCGCAAUCAGAAUCCGAUCAAGAAAGAGCUCGUCGAGUUUGUUGCGGAGGGCAAGCUCAAGAAGAGCGGCGGCGUUGAAGAGCUCGAGCGACAGAGGGUCGCUAGGGAAGAGCGCAUCAGAAAAGAGGUGUGGGAGCGAAUGAACGGGCUCGCUGCCGAUGAUGGUAUUGGAGAGAUCCCCGAGGGCGAAGAAGAAGAGUACGAGGAAGGCGAGGAAGAGGAAGAGGAGAUCGAAGAGACCGAAGAGUUGGAAGAGGACGCGGCUGAGCCUGAAGCCGACGUCAAGCCAGCUGCUUGA